CACUCCGUUCUCUAUGUUUACUUUAUUAUUUGUACCGUAUAAAAUGGGCAGGAGAAAGAUCGCUUUCCUGAAUGAUAAUUGAUAUGAACUAGCCACCAGCACGCAAGGCCUACAUUGCAAUCAUAAUAAUAAUUGGGAUUAUCAUGGCAGCACAGUAACAGCAGCUCGUAACUACGACGUUAUUCUCAACUCCCCUUAUGAUUGGUGGACCUGGAGCCAAUGUGGCUGCUCCACUGGGAAGCAGCAGCUCAGGAAGAGGAUAAUAAAGGUUGAAGUGGGUCCGGCGGUACGGUCAGACAGGGAGCUCUUCAGCACAAGCUGCAUGCAAGCGUUUUACAUUGGGUCAGGAUCCCAGACUGACUGCGGAGGCUAACCCCCUGGGAAGCGAAUGAAGAAACACGUCUUACUACUAUUCAACUAUAGGGGACUUGUCAGAAAAGGAAAAAAGAGUAAAAGAAGAAAAUGGCCAGUUUUAUAUUACGGAAAGCCGAGCCCAAGGACGUGUCAGACAUACUGCGACUCAUAAAGGAACUUGCUAAAUUUGAAGAAAUGGAAGAUCAAGUUAUAUUAACUGAAAAGGAUCUUCUUGAAGAUGGAUUUGGAGAGCACCCAUUCUACCACUGUGUUGUUGCGGAAGUGCCAAAAGAGCAGCAGUCUUCAGAGGGACACACUGUGGUUGGAUUUGCUAUGUACUACUUCACAUAUGACCCUUGGAUUGGGAAGCUGCUGUACCUGGAGGAUUUCUAUGUAAUGAAAGAAUACAGAGGGUACGGAAUGGGCUCUAAGAUCCUGAAGCAUCUGAGCCAUACUGCGGUGAAGACUCGCUGCAGCAGCAUGCACUUCAUAGUGGCGGAGUGGAACAAGCCGUCCAUCGAGUUCUACAAGCGCCGCGGCGCCUCUGACCUGUCCUCGGAGGAAGGCUGGCGGCUCUUCGAGAUUGACAAGCAGUACCUUGUGAAGAUGUCAUCCAAGGAGUGAGGGCUGGCCGUGCGGAGCAGGGAAUUCAGAUACCUGCAGUUACUCUGCGGGUUCUGGCUUGUAUUGAACCUGAGAGGUUAACAAAACAAGUCUUUGUACUUCUCCAUUUGUUUUUGUUAAUUGUGAUGUAUUUGGCAAAAGGUCUGAUAAAAGCUUUAUUAAAAGUAGUUUGUGACGUCUUAACGCUGCAUCGUUCAGUGGAAGCUUUGCUUUAGUUUCUAUCCCCAUACUGUGCAAGCUCCUGCAAACUGAAUACAAAACACUGGUGUCAGAGGGGAAAAGCAGAACCCGCAAGUGCAGUAAAAAGAAGUAAAAGGUAAAAGGAAGGCGCGGCAGCUAUUUGAUUAAAGGGGAAGUUAACUGCAGUCUGGUCAUUUUAUUUGCCAGAUCGUAUGGUAAUGUGUUCACACACCUCUUUCUUGGUUUUAUUUAUUUUCUGUCUGUAAAACAUGUGUGAUGCAAAGUUUUCUGUUAUAUCUUUACACUCGGACUAAAGUGUUAAAAGUUUGUCAACUUUUUCUGCCGGUGUAUAUUUAAAAAUGUCAUUGUUAGUCAGUAGGCUGUAGUUGAUCGCAAAGAUUUAUUUACUGUAUAUUAUUAAAAGGCUUUACACA